AUGCAGCUCACUACCUUCCUUUCGACGGCUUCAGCCAUUAUCGCAACCGCCUCCGCGAGGAGCGCCGUAUCGCUGAACAAGGAAUGCAAUCUCGAUCAACCCUAUGCCCGAAUUAUCAACCGCUGCGAUUACGAUGUCUACCUCUGGUCUGUCUUCAAGGGCGAUGGCUGCCCAGACGAUGAGGCAGUUGUCCUCAAGACCGGUGAAACUUAUGCCGAGAACUACCUCAAAUCAGCUUCGACUGGCGUUGGUGUUUCCAUCAAGAUUUCCAAGUCGAUGCAGUGCAAGGGAACCGACAUUACGCAAUUGGAGUACUUCAUCGACGAGUCCGAUUCCUUCGGUGGAAACUACCUCGACGUUUCUUACGUAGACUGUGGAGGCAUGGAUUGCCCAGCCAGAAAAGAUGGAUACUACCUCGUCGCUGGUGACCAAGUUGGCAAACAAAAGGCAGGCGCGGACAACACCUGGUGCCCUAUUCUCGCCUGUGACGACGCGGCUACUUGCGACACAAUGUCCUACGUUCUUCCCGAUGACAAGCAGACCAAGACAUGCACAACCAACGGAAACACGGACUUCUACCUGUGUGGUAGCCAAGCGCCCGGCAAGGACUCCGAUUCCAAGCCCAAGCCCCAGCCAUCAUCCUCGAAGCAACCCGAGUCUUCUGCGACGCCUUCGUCUACUUCCAGCGCUGAGAGCUCCACCGUUACUCCGUCGCCCACACCUACGCCUUCUCCGUCCGGACCCGGUCUCGUCAAGACCGAAAUCGUCUACGUCACCGCAUAUGUCAAUGCUAAGAGGCACGAGCACGGCCGUCGUCACCAAGUUUUCCACGCAUAA